UCAUCUUCAUCACCACCUUCACUAUCAUCAUCAUCUUCAUCAUCAUCUCCUCUUCAUCACCACAUCACUAUCAUCAUCUUUAUAAUCGUUUAAUCAUCUUUUUCUUCUUCUUCAUUGGUUGUAUUUUAUAACUAAUUUUAUAACUUCGUCUGUUCUUAUUUAUAUUAAUAUCGAAAGCUAAUAAGAACGAAUAAGAUUUGAAUAAAAUUUUCAUAUCAGUAAUAUAAGUGGGACAGAUUUUGUGAUGACUUUGAUAUGAAGCUGCAAAUUUGAAAUUAUGCAUGAAUUUCAUAUUGUUACAUGGUCUCGUUGUUCAUCUGACUGCUGUUUCAUGGGAGCAUUUCUUAAUUUGUUAGAGAGAUUGCAUUACAUUUCAUAGUGACGAUGAUAAAGAUACUACUAAUAAAAUAACAAUAAGGCUAACAAAAACGAAUUAUUCACGCAGCAACACGCCGUACUCUUGCGGCCAACUCAGCUCUGAUAAUGGUAGGAUAUCGUCGGCUGAAGACCUUCUCCAAGUAACGUAUUAAACUUUUUCACGCAAUGCCUUCUAUGUUAUCGCCCAAAACGCAAACGAAAAUUUAUUUUAAAGGAAAAGAUUGAGAUCGGGUUGGCUGGUCACGUGAACAACCACGGAGACCCUCCAGCACCCCCCUCACUCAACUCAUCAUCCUUGUCCUCAUCAACUUCAGUAAUUUUCAACAAAUGUCAAGUUCUUGCCGAAUACGACAACAUCAAGGACAGGCCAGUUGAGAGCGCAUUGUUGCAGCGUUUGAGAAACAUUGACUUCAACAACUGGAGCCACAGUGAGGCGCAACUAAUGGUCUUCAUGCAGCACAUCAUCUCAGACUUUAACAUCAACAAAAUCUACAACAUUGAGCAAGAAACAAUGCAACGUUGGAUGAGAAGGAUUUUUUUGAGCUACAACGAUGCCCCAUUCCACAACUUCAAACAUUCCUUCUGUGUUACACAAAUGAUCUAUGCCAUGUUAAAAACGCUAGAUUUGUCGGCCAAGCUUGCACCAUUAGAUAUCUUCAUCCUCCUCUUCUCCGGGGCCUGUCAUGAUUUAGAUCACACUGGAUUCAACAACACCUUUCAUAUCAACGCGCAAACUGAACUGGCCCUCAGAUACAACGAUGCCUCACCCCUCGAGAACCACCACAGUGCCACCGCCUUCCACAUCCUUCAAGAUGAAGAUUGUAACAUUUUAAAAAACAUGGAACCAAGUGAUUACUUAACGUUUAGGAGAGGAGUUAUUCGGUGCAUAUUGGCCACCGAUCUGGCAAAGCACGACGCCAUACUCGAUGAAUUCAUUGCCGUUUUGCCACUCUUUGAUUUCAAAAACAACAACCACAAACUCUUGUUGUCUAUGAUCCUGAUAAAGAUAGCAGACAUUUCAAAUGAGGCGAGACCUGUCGAGUGUGCUAACAUAUGGAUGGAGUGUUUGUUUCAAGAGUAUUUCCACCAGAGUGAUGUAGAAAAAUUUAAGGGAUUGCAAGUUACUCCAUACAUGGACAGAGAGACAGUAUCAAAAUGCAAAUCUCAAAUUGCAUUUAUAAAAACUUUGCUGCUUCCACUGAUAAAGUCGCUUCACACUUUAUGCCCAGGCUCCAAAGAAAUCACAAGAGCAGUGCAGAGAAACAUGAACCACUACAUGUUGAGGGAUAAAUGAAAAAUAGCACCAGCACGAUACGAUGACGCCAAUUUUUAAAACGAUAACGCAACCGCAUGUUUAUAAAUACUCUUCAAAUACAUUGAACCGAAUCUCACAUUCCAUCUCAUCACCUUUGAAAUUGCUAAAGUGAUUUGGCUUAAAUAUAUAAAAUAUUAAACAUUUUUACCAACGGUUAACUUUAAUUUAAAUUUAAGACAGCUCGUAUUAGCAGAAACCAACGGAACUGGACACAGAUCAUACCCUAUUGAAACGUUGAACAACUGUUUAAGCUUGUAACUGCCUUUCGGCAUAUAUUUCCGCGACUGCAUACACACACACACACACACACACACAGACGUAUAUACAUAAACACACGUAUAUACGUACGAGUAUAAGCACAAACACAUACACAAACAUUCAUACACAUGGCAAUACAUUCAGUUAAUUGCAGCCACACAAUUCUAUAAUUACAUUUAACAUAAUUUUUGUAAAUGUGUAUUUUUAUAACUUUUCUUGUAACAUUAAAAUUAACAGAAAAUGUGUGACCGAUU